AGAUUACCCCAGCACCGCGUAGCUAAAACCUAUCCUAUACUAAAUAGCGAAAAGACAAAGCGAUUUUCGGUUGCUAAGGUAGUGUAAUGGUAGUGACUGUCUGUAUAUCUCCGAUAGUUUCAUGUACCCGGUGAAUAAGUGUGAAUGAAAACGCCGAUAAGUACAGCACUAUUUUAGUACUGCGGCUGGGCGGAGUGACACUGCUUGACGGUACAACAACCAGAAGCGGCAGCAAAGAUUCAGCGGUAUCGGGCAAGUGCUGGAUAGUUCUGUUUUACCUAUAAUGUCGCUGUAUGCCAUGCCCGAUCUUUAUGAGAGGAAAGGUUCUCUUUAUCUGCGGUCAAACCACGUGACAUAUGGCAGGACCACCUUGGUGUCAGGCUGGCAUCAAAACCGAGAAGCUGAACCUAAAGAUUACGAUUUGGACACCUUACCACUAGGCAAGAAAAACUUGUGUCAUUCUACAUAUAGGAGUUUAGGAAAAGUGGAAACUACUGAUUGGAAAACCACAACUGAAGAACAGUUAUCUCAAGUUCAGUUAAAGAAGGACUAUGAAGCUAGAGAUGUUCCAAAAUCAAUGGUUAAUGAAAACACUAUUGAUGCUGUUGAUGUUUAUCGACAAACUGGGAGUUAUGAAAGAGGAUCUGUCUUGCCACGGCAUGACAAAGACCAUGGAAAAAUACAUCUGGAAACAACAUAUCAUAAUGACUACUCCUUUCCUUUUCAACCCACAAUGAUACCGCAUGCUCCUGAGUGUCCAGCAGCUUAUAAAAAAUGCCACUCCCAGUUUACAGAUACUGCAGAUUACAGAAGGGAUGGUAGGAAUACCUGGCAAGAUGAAAGUGGAAUUUAUGGCAAUCACCAAAUAAAGCACAGCAUAUUUAAGAAAAGCUGCCCUAUCACUCCACAUCUGUGAAGAUAAAGUAGCCAUGUGUCAUAAGAUGUUUGAUCUUGUUCAGCCAGUGACUGGAAGCUUUAUGAUUUUUGGUGAUAUAACUAAUGUUUUACUAUAAUUCUGUCAAAUACAUGAUGCUUUGUGACCAGUUAUUUUUGUUUUAUAUAGAAAUGUCAAUUAUAUAAAUAUAGCAUUGCUGGUGGAAAUAUAAACUGGUCUGUACGAAUACCUUCUAACUGGAAUUCUUUUUCCAUCAACUGUGCCCUAGUCUGCAGCAUGGAAUUUCUUAUGACUGCAGAUGCAGAGCCCCUUUCCAUGCACAAUUGCCUUAUGUGCCAUCUUUUUGUUUUUUCCCAUGAUUGGCCUACUCUACUCUUUGUUCCACUUUAGCCAGCUACGUCAGAAGAAAAAGAAAAUUGACGAAAAUGUUAUAAAGAGACCUGUAACUUAUAUAGGAAGGAUGUUUCAAGGCAAACAGGUAGCAACCCUUUUAUGCCCAAAAAAGGAACAUUAACAUCAAAAAAUAAAAGUGUUUU